AUGGACUCAAAUCGAUCCAGAUUACCUCGAGCAGCUUCCAAUCCAGCUAUCAGACCUGUCCCUGCUCCUUCAACUUCAACUUCGACUUCUACAUUAUCAAGACUCCCCGGUCCAGCUCAUAUAGUCAGGCAGUCGACCGUCGCUCGUAAACCAUCUAUACCACUACGUUCAAACAAGAAGAUCACACCGACAGAUACUCAAGAUCAAUCUAGUAACUCACCUGCCAAACGAUUAUUACCUAGUAGAUCGACAUUGGGUCUGGCCAAACCCACUUUCUCAGCACCUGUAAGAGCAAGUACGAAACAACCUCCUGGUCAUCCUAAUCCUUUGGGACCCAAGAGGACCAUUCCAUCUGCUACUGCUACAUACAGAACGUCGUCUGUCGCUAGCUCCUCAAGUGUCAAACCGAUCUCGACGUCCUCGGUAUGCGUGAAGAAUGGUAAAGACAAUUGCUUCAAAUCUCCUGAUCCGUUCACAGAGAUCAAGAUUUCAACCUCAAAUGGCUCUACAACCAGAACCAAUAUUGUCAAAGGGAUUAUUCCAAAGAAAGGAUUUCUAGGUCUCGGCAGUCCCUCUCGACCUACUCGAAUACCCACCACUCCACUUUCCCGUCCUCCUCAAGCGAUUCUUCAAACUCCAGCUCUUCCUCGGAUCACCUCCAUCCCCUGGACUUCGCACAAUCCGGAUGAUCAGCUGAAAGAUGUUGAAUUGAGCUUUACCGCUGAAGACGAUUCGAAUGAUAAUUCUUUGAUCGAACCGUUAGAUUUUGGCUUUGCGACCAGUCGUUUCAAUUCGAAAAGUGCGCUUCCGCUGUACAAUAAUACUUGUGUCUCAGAUUUGGAGAACAUCCAAUACGAGAGGGAUGAGAAGGUCAGAGAAGUGAGAGAGUUGAAGAGUCAGGGAGUCAAAGAAGCCUGGAGUGAAGUUGUCAGAGCUGGUGAAGGGGAUUUGGAAGAGGUGAUGAUAAUGCAGGAAUUGAUCGAAGCUCUCAUGUUGGAUAUGGAUAUGCGAGGAAAUAGUAAUGCGCUGUAG